AUGGCAUAUCAUGAAGCGAGACCUUUUAUGUUUGAUGAUAAAAUUAAGAGGUCUUCGAGUUGUUCAACAGAAUAUGGAAAUCUGAGCGGGCACUCAUUGUUUGCUGCAAGUUAUAAUAUGUUCGUGUUUUUAGAUUUUUAUUAUGGCUAAUUCAAGGGGAAAAAAUUUUCUUCAAUUGGCUACUAUACGAGUUUAUUCUUCGCUAUAUCAUUAUUCAUUGCUAUUGGUAUAUCUAGAUUUUACUUAAAUGCCCACACUAUAAACUAGAUUAUUUAUGGAUGGACUUUUGGAAUAUGGCUAGCCUUUUACUUUCACUUUUGCCUUAGAGAGCCAAUGAUGAAUAAUGUUAAACUGAUUGUAGAAGAUAAAAUGAAUUUAGGAAAAAGAUAAAUAUUCUCAUACAUUGCUGUUGCUUCUGUAGUAUUUAUUUGUGAAUUCAUGUCUCAAAUUGCCACUUUUCUGAUUGUUGAUAAAGUAUUUACACCUGAUCCAAAAUGGAUUAUUAACAUAAUUACAAAAUGUGGUAAGGAUCCAAAAAAUGAUAAUUCCACGUUAAAUUACAAAUAGGUGGUAUAUUCUGGAAUACCAGUGGCUUUUUAUGGAGCUUAUAUAGGAUUAUUUAUUUCAAGAAAAUUGAUGGGCCCUACCAGUGAAAAUGUUUAGAAAACAUCAUAAUGGUGGAAGUUUAUACUAAGGUAUAUUGUAGUAGCAGUUAUUGGAAUUCCAGCAAUAGUAUUAUUUUUUUUCCUUCCUUGGAAAAUCAAUCUUGGUAUAUUGAUAGUGUUCAAAACAUUAGUGCCAAUAUUUUACGCUUCUUUAGCAAUAUAUGCCUUAAGCUACCCCAUAUUUAAGCGAUUUAAAUUAUUGAGUACAGUCUCUGAAUAGCAGCAUAUUCCAGCAGAUAAGAGUAUUGACGACUUGCAAGAAUCUCCACUGAGUAAUUGA